GUUGCAUGUUGUUUGCGACGGAGAUCUGGCAGCACUCAGUAGGUCAGCGAUCUCGUUCGCGAUGUUAUGCGUGUUCGAUGAAUGUCAUUCAUUGUAAUGCUAAUUGUCAAACGAUGUCUCAUCACAUGCAGCUCGUGCUACUCGGCGUGUUUCUGCUCCUGAUCGCGCCCUUCGAGACCGACAGCUUCUCUUACGAGAACUUGCCCGCGGUAGCGAUGGAUUACAAGGUGCACAUCGACGCCGGCAAGGAAGACUGCUAUUCUCAAUAUGUGAACCCAGGAGCGACUUUCUACGUCAGUUUCCAGGUCUUGCGUGGUGGGGAUGGAAAAGCUGGUUUUGCAGUGAGAAAUCCAGAAGGACACAUAGUUUAUCCUUAUCAAUGGCGUCCCAAUGGUGAUUAUCAAGAUCAAUCCAUAAACGGUGGUUACUAUACUGUAUGCAUUGAUAAUCAGUUUUCAAGAUUUGCCGCAAAACUAGUAAACUUAUACAUUACAGUAAUUAGGUAUGAUCAAUGGCUGCAAUAUACUGAGGAAUUGAAAGAACUGAAUCUUUCUGUCGAGAAUUUUACGAAUGCAAUUGUGCAUGUAGAGAAAAACAUUAAUGAGAUGCUGCAAACUCAACAUUGGAGCAGGAGUAGAGAAGAGAGAGACUUAAAUCUGCUAUUGGAUAAUAAUUCUUAUGUGCAGAUGUGGUCAAUCGCGCAAGUAGUUGUCAUCACAUUGACGACUAUGAUACAAGUGUAUUUUGUUAGGAAGCUAUUCGAUGUAAAACCAUCUGGACAUUCUAAAACACGCAUUUAACAUUAAUGAAUUACAACAAUUGUUAGCUCGAUAAGAGCAUUGUCCAAUUUCUAUUGUGAUAGAUGAAGACUAUCAUACUGAUUGAUUAAGCUCACAUGUCAUACAAACUCUAUAGAUCUGCAAAUCUAUCUACAGAAAAUUAUAAACAGUGUAAUUAUACAUAUAAAUGUUUCAAAUUUAAUGAGUACAAUGCAUAUUUCAUUAAUCGAUACAUUUAUAUGUCAUUUUGAUGCUGUUAUAUAUUUAUAUGAGAUUACUCUUGGAGAUUACCUUACAGAAAUGACAGAGAUAUAAAAAGUUUAUUACAUACGAAAAUUUAUUAAUGCAAAAAAAUGUAAGAAAUUUCUUGUAAGAUGGAGAUAUAUAUUUGGACAAAAAUUAACUUCUAACAACCGAAACCUAAACUUUUAAUUUUAGGAAACGUGACGAAGUAUUUAUGUUGAUGAGAUUUUAUAAUUAUGCAUUUUUUCUAUCAAUUUAUCACGUACUACUUUCAUUAAUCUUAAAUACAUGCUACUUACUUAAUUUUUAUAAUAAAUAUUCCUUCUCUCUACAUA